AAAAAGAUUCUGUCGUAAACAGGCAGUCGGCAAGCAAGCAAGCAAGCAAGCAAGCUGGCAGUGAUUUGCCGUGCAUGUGAAACAGUCAGAGGUGAAGAAGGACUUGCAUUGGGGGGUUUAGCAUUGAAGCCCACUGCGAUCACUGCGUUAGAGUAACACCCCGAUAUAUAAGAGAGAAGUGCAGAAUUGAGCUGAUGGAGCUUGUAACAGUCUGGUGUGUGUUGGUGCUCGGGGCUUUUGUCUCCUUGUCAGAGGCCCACGUUGACUUCUAUACCUCAAUCGGCCAGAUGACCGAUCUACUGUAUACAGAAAAGGACCUGGUCACGUCUCUCAAGGAUUACAUUAAAGCUGAGGAGAGCAAGCUCGAGCAGAUCAAACAGUGGGCGGAGAAGAUGGACUCUCUGACGGACACGGCCACCAAGGACCCCGAGGGGUUUCUGGGUCACCCCGUCAACGCAUUCAAGCUGAUGAAGAGGCUGAACACAGAGUGGGGCGAGCUGGAGAGUCUGGUGCUCAAAGACAUGUCCGACGGGUUCAUCUCUAACCUGACGAUCCAGCGGCAGCACUUCCCCAAUGACGAGGAUCAGACUGGGGCUGCAAAGGCGCUGAUCCGUCUGCAGGACACCUACGACCUGGAUGCCAACACCAUCUCUACGGGCAACCUGCCUGGUGUGAAGCACAAGACCACGAUGACUGUGGAGGAUUGCUUCGAGCUGGGGAAGGUCGCCUACACGGACGCUGACUAUUACCACACAGAGCUGUGGAUGGCCCAGGCCCUGAACCAGUUGGACCAAGGAGAGCAGAGUGCCACCGACAAGGUCAACAUCCUGGACUACCUCAGUUACUCCAUCUAUCAGCAGGGAGAGCUGGACAAGGCCCUGGAGCUCACCAGGAGACUCCUGAAACUGGACCCAGAGCAUCAGAGAGCGAAUGGCAACCUGAAGUAUUUUGAGUACAUGCUGGCCAAGCAGAUGAAGGCAGAGCAGCAGUCCGAGGAGGGGUCAGAGAAGAAGGAGAUGAAGGUGAAAGAGAGCAAGAGGAAGAAAGGAACCCCUGAAGAUUACCUGCCAGAGAGACUGAAAUACGAGAAACUGUGCCGAGGAGCGGGGACGGUGUCUCCUCGCAGACAGAAGAAGCUGUUCUGCCGUUACUACGACAACAACAGGCACCCGCGCUAUAUCCUGGGGCCUGUGAAACAGGAGGACGAGUGGGACCGGCCCAGGGUUGUGCGUUUCCACAACAUCAUCUCGGAUAAGGAAAUCGAGGUGGUCAAGGAGCUGGCCAAGCCCAGGCUAAAGAGAGCCACCAUUUCCAACCCAAUUACAGGAGUGCUGGAGACAGCCCAUUACAGGAUUAGCAAAAGGCGCGCCACCGUGCAUGACCCUCAAACGGGAAAACUGACCACAGCCCAUUACAGAGUCUCCAAGAGUGCCUGGAUAGCAGCCUAUGAGAGCCCUGUGGUGGACCGGAUCAACCAGAGGAUAGAGGACCUCACCGGCCUCGAUGUCAAGACUGCAGAGGAGUUGCAGGUGGCCAACUAUGGUGUUGGGGGUCAGUACGAACCCCACUUUGAUUUCGGCAGGAAAGAUGAACCCGAUGCCUUCAAGGAGCUGGGGACAGGAAAUCGAAUCGCCACGUGGUUGAUUUAUAUGAGUGACGUUGCAGCAGGGGGCGCUACAGUCUUCACAGAGGUGGGAGCCUCUGUGUGGCCCAUGAAGGGCUCAGCAGUGUUCUGGUAUAACCUGUUCCCCAGUGGAGAAGGGGAUUACCUCACACGACAUGCAGCCUGUCCCGUCUUGGUGGGAAAUAAAUGGGUUUCCAAUAAGUGGAUCCACGAGCGAGGCCAGGAGUUCAGGAGGCCGUGUGGAUUGGACGAGUCAAACUGAUAAUCCAAUCCUGAAUUUCUGGGAGAAUUCCCAACCCCCCCACUCCUCCGUUCUUCCUGCCCUGGACGAAUCCUAGAUUGAUUGGUUGAUUGUGUGUGUGUGUGUGUGUGUGCGUGACGUCGGAUGAUCCACGAAGAAUAACACUCCACAACCAUCCUCCCUUCCCCCACCCCACCCCCCCACACACCCUGCAACCCACAAACUGAACAACAGGACCGCAGCUGGGGUCUUGAGUGAGGGGCCCAGAGGUACCGCCACUGCUAGAGAGGGGGACGGGAACCCUGGACAUCAUUGGAAAGGCGUUCAUUGGACAUAUUUUUUUCCUGCUGUGUGUUUUUAGUUUUUAAAAAAAAAAGAAGAAAAAAAAAAAAAGAAUUGUGCUCCAUUUUUGUCAUUGGUCACAUUAGUUUGUUUUUUCCAGAGUACUUGGUAGUACUGCAUUAAAGAAACUAGCAAACAACUUAGUACAUUGUUUUCUGUCCCAAGUUGUGUAUGUACUUUUUUUUAUUUUAUUAUUAUUUAACCAGGAAAAUCCCAUUGAUAUUAAAAUCUAUUUUGCAAAGGAGACCUGUUCAAGAAGGUGGCAUAUCAUAUACCCCACCCCCAAAUUCUAAUGAGCACAACCAAUACAAACAAGUUAAUCGAAUUAUGAGAAACAAUUUAGAAGCACUGGACUAAACAAAAACACAUCUCUGCUACAUAUUUAGAUGCCACUUUUUGUUUGAACUCCUUUAAAGGUCUCAAUCCAGUAAGUUUCAGUUCUUCCUGAAGUUUAUUCCAAGACCUCAGAGUAAAAAACAAAAACAAAUGCUUCUCCAGAUUCUGUACAGUUCGCAAAGUCCGCAUCUUCUUUGUGCCAUUAACAGCAAUGUCACUGUUAAGAGGUUUGUGGAUUUACAGGGAGUCAUUUUGAGAAGAUUGUGCCUUAUUUGCACACACCGUGGGCUGCGUAUCCACAAAGUGCCAUGUUUUGAAAGCGUUUCCUCCAGCUCCUGCUGUACGACUUCUGGGGUUUACUUUCAAAACUCCAUUUGGCAUUGGAUGGCUUCUCUGACUGUAUGCUAUUCCAGGGUUUCCCAGUCCUGCUCCUGGGAACCGCCUGUGUCUGCUGGUUUUCAUUCCAGCCAAGUUCUCACUUACUUAAUCAAACCCUUAAUUCAACUAAUAAUGUGCUUAAUUAGGCCUUUUUAAUUGUUUUCCGCUCCUAAAAAGUUAUAUUUCAAGUUACUUAUACAAAUAUAUAGUUAACUUAAUUUCCAACGGUUUAAAAGCUGAACAAUUAAAAAGGUCCAGUUAAGAUAAUGAAUAGUUCAAUUAAGGGUUGAAGUAAGUAAUUCAGAACUCAGUUGGAAUGAAAACCAGCAGACACAGGGGUCCCCCAGGACCAGGAUUGGGAAAUCCUGUGCUAUUCCAUUCAUGGUCAGCAGGGUGCGCCUAGGAUCAAUUCCAAGCAGCCAGUCACUGCUGUGUUCUAGAAAUGGUUUGAAUGUCUCACUCCUAUACUUCUGCAGCAUGGCUCCUGCCUGUCUGGCUAUCCUGAAUAAUGGAUCUUGGUGGUCAUCUGUUUUUAACACUGGUAAAGGUUUUUUUUUUUUUGGUUUUUUUAAGUGAACAAAGAUGGCUAGAGGGAUUUGAAUUGAUUACAAUCUCGUGUAAUUAUGUAAACCCCCCUCUCUCAAUACAGACUCCAGCGAAACGGACGGUUCAUCAUAUCAUCCCCAUGAUUUGUGGGAGCCAGGUUCUAUUUAUCUGUUUUUAAUAAGAAUUCAAUAUAUUUGUUUGUAUAGGAAGUGUGUGGGGAUUUUUUUUUGUAUGUGUGCAAUGAAUGUUUUCUACAAAAAAAAAUAUAUUAAUAAAAGUGUUUUGGGUAACAAAUGCAAAAGA